AUGGAAUCGACGGUCGUGUACGGGCCUGAUGACUUCGAGCUGCAUACGAGCGGAACUGUACAGGACACAAUUUUGGCAGUCAUGUCUGAGCUGAAGUCGCAAGCAUCCAGGCGAUUGCGUGAGGAUUCCUCAGGAAGCGAAGAAGACAUGGAUUGGAUUGUGACUGAUCGGCCUCCAGAGCCCGCGUUGCAAAGAGACCUAGACUCGGUCCAAAAGCUCUUCGGCGAUCGAUCAGUUGAAAUCACACAACUGUGCCCUCAAACCUAUCGUGUGCGAGUUUACGUGCCAAUAGAAUGUGCGAUCCUGGACACGCGAGUUUGUGCUGCCUGGGGCUUCAAGCCUGACAUCCCUAUGUGCGUGGAGCUGUGCUUGCCAGCAAGCGGGUAUGCUUUUGGAGUUGUCAAGCCUUACAUGCUCACGCAAAUCCGGCAAGAAGGCUUUCCCGAAUUCGCUUUGGAGAAACAGCUUUUGCAGAUUUUGACAGAUUUUUGCUUGGUCUGCAGCUGCACGGCGUUGGAGAGUUUCGACUCCGGUGGAGAUGACAUCCUUGAGGACGAUUCUCCUCGCAAGGUGUACCGGCGCUUCAAGUUGAAGAAGCAGAGACUGACUCUUGAAGCGCUAGCAGACAAAGGGCUUGGUUUCCUAGGCUGUCUUGGAAGGUACUUGCAGCUGCGCAUGCCGACGCUGCAUGAGUACUGCGCGAUAUGCGACUCCCCUUUCACACUUCCGCCGAUGAUGAUGCGUGCAGUGUGCCCGCGCGAACUGUGCACCUAUCAAUUUGGGGAGUUCGGCAGCAAGAUCACGUCUGCAGAGGGGAUGAACAAUCAUGCUGAAGUGGUCGACUUGCUGGUCUGCAUGCUUCUAGCAGCGGUAAAGUCUUCAAGAAGGCAUCUUAUACUUGACCCAUUUCCAAAUGUGUCGGUGGGAGAGCAGCUACGUGAGGCUGAGGCGGCGCAUUCAGACAGAAAGGAAUUCGUCUCUGCGGGAAAGGGUCUACGUGUGGUUUUGCAUCCCGACAACAAGGAUUUCAGCAAGUUGGAGACCUAUGUGCAGGAGCUGCAAACCAUCCGCGCACGUGUGGGAAAUCAACUCGGUGCUUCCUGGUCUGCAAAAUCGUCAUCAAUGUCUGCAGAGGCUGCGGCCCUUCUGAAGUGGACAGUCGCAUCGAACAGGUCCUUCUUGGCACCCCUGCAGGACAACGAGCGAAUUGAAGCUUUCAGGACGCCAUUUCAGUACCUUCUUAUCUCAGCGCCGCCAGACAAGGAAGCGCGAUUCCAGGAAUUGAAGAAGCAGUUUCACACAUCCUUCGCUUUCCACGGCAGUUCCUCCGAGAACUGGCAUUCAAUCCUGCGGAACGGCCUGAAGAAUGCAUCGGACACAAAAUUGAUGACAUGUGGGGCGGCUCACGGUCCCGGCAUCUACCUCUCCACUGCAAGCUCGUGCUCGAUGGGCUAUACCCGGUACUCUCCAGCCGUGAGUGAGGAGGUGGUUGCUUUGAAGCGACAGAAAACCGGCAAUCGUUUCGUUGACAAUCAGCGUGGUCUUGUGAUGAUGGCCGUGUGCGAGGUGGUUGAAGAUCCGGGCAGAUUGCGGAAGCCGAAUUCACAGAUUUGGGUCGCGAGCGAGGAGGAGCUGGUCUGCACUCGCUUCUUCUUGGUUUUUUGCGAGGCAGACCACUUCAACUUGAACGUCAGCACCCUUGAGCUGGACAAGGUGAUUCGGUGUGACAGCAAGACAUGUGGUUUUGCAGGCAUCCCGAGCCAACCUCGAUGUGCCGCUUUCGCAGAGUGCGUCGCCGUCUCCUGCGACGGCCAUGCCUUCCCGAUGUGCGGAGGCGGUCAGAGCUUUGUCUUCGCCCGUCUGCAGGCCACGGCCUCGACUGCGGCGAGCGCCUUCGCCCGGGUCGCCAACACGAAGUCUUUUGGUGUGGGCCAACGGCUUUACGACGAAGGGAUGUGCCUCAUACAAAGGCGGAAGGAGUUUGUGGAGAAGGUGGUGGCCUUGGACAAAGAAGGCCUGCAGCGAAAGGCUAAAGAGCUGCUUGCGCUGGGAAGCCGCCUGCAUGAAUCCAAUGAAUCCACAGGCAGCUUGGGGCGCCUGGGAGGAUGGCGGCUAUGCCAGGAGCAGCGCUUGCCCGGCCGCGCUUGCAGAACGCAGGGGUCUCCGCGCCGUCGACGUCCGAGCCAGACUCCUUCAAGCUCUCGGAUCAGCAACGGAAGCUCUCAGACUCUGGAGGCGCUCCCUCAGACGCCCUCGCCGCCAGUCCGCGAAAGGACCGAGGAGGCGGAAGCGCGGGCUUCGACUUCGACGGACCCGGAGACCUACAACGAGCUCGAAGUCUUGCGGCAAAAGCUCGGCCUGCUCUCGCUGGGUGCGGACUUGCUUCGCCGCAAGCUCCAAGAGGCGAGGGAGGCCACAGGUCAGCUGCCUGUGGAACAUGCUGUUCAGGCGGCUUCGGCUUCGCCGAGCAGGGUCAGUCACGAACGACGCCUCAGUGGAAAACCCCGAAGCCAGCGAGAGAAUGAGAAUGAGUCGUUGCUACCAUCUCCUGUUACAUACUUGCCUCUGCAGGCUUCGUGCUCGGACGGACAGCUGAGCCCGAGAGGCCUUGAGCCCGAGCUCUCAGAGAAUCCGAUGAUGGUCCAUCGCUCGCGAAGCGCAGGGAGCCCACUGCUAACACCAUCCCCCCAGGCGCCUCUGCUCGGAAGCCCUGCCCACGGUCAAGGACCCUGGAGGAUGGUGAAAGCGAACAUGGCGAAUGUGGGUGCUACCUCUUCAACUCCGCCAAGCCCUGUGGCUCCAUCGAUGUUGUCGCCGCCAAUGUCUGUCUGCAUCACCAAUACUAUCCAGGUUGGCCGUGACACUCCCCCGAUCACGCAGCGCCUGAUAAUGCAGCCCAAAGUGGUGCAUUCGGUUCGGUUGCAUCCCACUGCGUAUGAACCAAGCCAACAGCCCAAAGUGGACAAAGUUGAUUCCAAUUUCCGGGCUUCUCUUUGA